ACUUCUCACUUGCCAUUUCACGAUGCGCGGUCUCCUCAUUUGCUGCCUUGUGGCUUUGGCUGCAAGCCAAAGUCUUCGAUACGAUGUCAGCCUUAACCCCAAGAAAACGUACGAGUACAAGUAUGAGGGAGUGGUGAACUUCGGACUUGGCAUGCCAAACCUCGCAGAGUCUGGCGUGAGAAUAACGUGCAGAGCCAAGAUCACAGGAGUGUCAGAGAAAAUGUUUCUCCUUCAGGUCUCAGAGUUGGCCUUCUACGAGUACAACGGCUUCCCUGGGAAAAACGGCUACGACGCUUCUCCAAAACUCACCAGACGCAUCGCGGCCCAGCUCGCCAAACCCAUCCUGUUCGAAUACAGCGCCGGACACAUCGGCGACAUCCACGCCUCUGCGGAGAUCUCUACCACCGUUGUCAACAUCGUAAGAGGGAUGCUCAGUUUCUUUCAAGUCACUGUGAAGACCACACAGCACAUCUAUGAGCUGGAGGAGAUUGGAAUCCAUGGCAAGUGUCAAAGUAACUAUGCCAUAGAGGAAAACGAGGAGACAAAGGAAAUGAACAUCACUCAGGUGGUAGACGUCACAAACUGCAGGGAGAAAGCGGCCAUGUACACGGGAAUGGCAACCGCUGUCGUGGACAAGCUGGCCAAACAGAGAGGAGAAUCUAUCGUUUCGACGGUGAGAUAUGUUUACACAGUCAAGCCGACCGCAGAGGGAGGGCUCAUUACCAAAGCUCACGGCUUGGAGAGGCAGCACUUCAGUGCCUUCAAUGUGAAGGGGGGUUCUUUCAAGAUGCAAGCCAUGAAGGAAAUGGAGCUGCUCAGUGUGAGCGAUGUGGCAAGCAUCAUCACUUAUGGGCCGAUGGAAAGCAAAGGCAACAUUGUUUAUAAGUUUGAAGAUGUGGACAAUAGAUUUCCCAUCAUGUUUCAGAACGUAGAGGACCCUAAAACAAAGGCUGUUGAAUUGAUUAAGCGACUGGCUGAAGCUAACAUUCACCACGUUGAGAGUAAAACUACAGAGGAAAUCAUGAAGCUGUAUCAGCUGAUGCGGCUGAUACCCUCCGAAGGACUGGAUACCAUGUGGAAGCAAUUUUCAGGGAAUCCAGAGUACAGACGUUGGUUUUUAGACGUGAUUGUUGAAAUUGGCGAUGCCAGAGUCCUUAAAUUCCUGGAAAAUAGAUUUAAAGCAAGAGAUUUGUCUCCAACUGAAGCCUGGCAGACCGUCCUUAUGGUUUUUGAACAUCUCAAGGCUCUUCCUGAACUGGUUGAGAUGGCUAAAGUCUUUUUUGGGAUGCCUUUCAGUAAAUCAGACACCUAUGUGUGGCAGAGUGUGGUUCUUUCUUAUGGCUCACUGGUGUACAAACACUGUUCAUAUUACACGCCGUGUCCGACAACUGCAAUUCAGCCACUGCUGGAAAUGGCCCAGGAGGCACUGAGGAGCGGCAACAAGGAGGAGAUGGUGGUCGCUCUGAAAGGUCUCGGGAACGCCGGUCAUCCGGGCAGCAUCAAGACCAUCAUGCGGUUCCUCCCCGGAGUUGCUGCCACCCCUGUAGAACUGCCCGCCCGUGUGCAGAGCGCUGCCGUGCAGGCUAUGAGACUCAUCGCUCAAAGAGACCCCCACAGUGUCCAGGAUAUCACUCUGAGUGUGUUCCUGCAGAAGAAGGUUUCAACAGAUAUACGCAUGCUGGCCUUUAUGAUUCUCUUUGAGACAAAGCCAUCAAUGGCUCUUGUAUCUACAGUGACAACACAUCUCCUGGAGGAAAAAGACCUUCAUGUAUCUAGCUUUGCAUAUUCUUACUUGCAGAGUUUGGCUCAGUCUAGAACUCCGGACAAUCACUUUGUCUCGAUUGCCUCCAGCCUGGCUGUGAAAAUCCUCGCCCCUAAAUUUGGUCGCCUAAGCUAUCAUUACAGUAAAGCAAUGCACAUGGACUGGUUUAAUGAUGAUUUCCUUGCUGGAACGACUUCAGAAUUAUUCAUGCUUAGGAGUGCAGCUAGCAUGUUUCCCACUGAAAUCAUGACCAAGGGAAAAUUUCACUUCAUUGGUAGAAUUGUGCAAUUACUGGAGUUGGGUAUGCGUGCAGAUGGACUGAAGGAGCUAUUUACCAGGAGUAACCCUGGAUUUCAGGGAAAUCUUACCCUUAGCAACUUUCAGACUGUUUUCAAUAUGCUGAAGAACUGGGAGAUUCUGCCCAACGAUAAGCCUGCCUUUUCAGCUUAUUCGCGUGCCUCUGGCCAGGAGUGGUUCUUCGCUGACAUCAGUAAAGAAGUAAUUCGAAAUAUCAUGAUGGCCAUCAGUCCAUCUGCAGGGAAAAAGACUCCUCUGUGGGCCGCGAUUGAGAAUUUGCAGAGAGGAACUUCAUGGCACUACACACGUGCAUUCUUGGUCCUUGAGGCUCGUUACUUUCAAGCUACAUCUCUAGGUCUCCCAGUGGAGAUCACCAAAUACUAUAAUUCCCUCACAGCCAUAACUGUUAAUGCUAAAGCUGCAGUAAAUCCACUCCCAACUGAACACCUUGGACAGCUACUUACAUCUGAUAUUACAUUAGACACGGAUGGUUUUGCUGGUGUCACCAAAGACUAUUGGGUUUUCUAUGGGAUCAGCACAGAGUUGUUCCAGUGUGGCUCUGAGUUGAAGAACAAAGUCCCGAUUGCCCUGCCAUGGAAACUUUCUGCCAAAAUCAAUGUGGCAGAAAAGAAAUUUGAACUGGACUUCCCCCCUUGCAAAGAAGAGAUCGAGUUCAUUUCUUUGAGAUCCGAUGUGUCUGCAGUCUCCAGAAACAUUGAGGAGCCAGACUCAGCCAAAAUCACCCCUUUAAUCCCCACUGCUGUUAACUCCAGUGAUGCAGUUGUCCACAUGGAUCCCGCUGGAGCGCGGCCUGAGCCACAACAGAUCCUUACACCAAACACCUGGCGUCCAACUUCCAAAAUGUGUGCCGAGAGUAACACCUACGGAGUGGGGCUCUGUAUGGAGUAUGAGUUGAACAGACAGUAUUUUAAAGAGGAGUACCCAUUGUACUACUUCCUUGGUUACACCCACAUGGCCUUUAAAAUCAUUCCAGCCCAGACAAACAAGGCAGUUGACAAGAUCCACUUUGAGGUGAAUGCCAACCCCAGCAGACAUCCAGUGGGAGCACGCCAACUGCUCGAGACGCUGAGGAGGCUUUCCGAGGAAGCAGUCCAGCGGUCGUCAGACUCAGCCUCAACUGUCAGAGGACCUCAUCACAGCCACGGUGACAUCUCAAUGGCCUGGAACUCGACACCUGAGCCUGCCUUCAGUUUUAAAGCCCUCGCCAUGAGUGGGAACCAGAAGCCCGGGGGUUACGACGCAGCCAUGUUUUAUACACCCGAGGCAACCAUUCAGAACGCCCAGCUAAUUGUAUCCCAGGUUGGAGAGAACACCAACUGGAAGAUGUGUGUUGACACCAGCAUGGACGUCCACGCAAAGGUGGAGGCAAAGGCACAUGUGAAAUGGGGAGCUGAAUGUCAGAGCUAUGAAAUGUCAAUGGGAGCCACUGCAUCUCAACCUCCUGGUUCCAUGCCAACUGUGAAAGCCAAAGUACACUGGACCAGGAUCCCAGAAUACAUGACAGAGAUGGGCACAAGAAUACAGAGCUAUAUUCCUGGCGUUGCUCUGUUUCUUGGCUUCUACCAGGAAAAUGAGAGAAAUGCCAAGCAGGAAGUGUCUGCAUCAGUGUCUGCUGCCUCUUCAGACAGCAUUGAUGUGAAGAUCAAAUUCCCACAGUAUACAGUGUCCCGCCAUGGCAUGUCAUUUCCAGUGCCAUCUGCUGGUUUUCAGGAGUUUCAGCAAAACGUCACAAUGGCUGGAAUCGGACAAGCAUGAAAAAAUAUGACGGUACCCCAUCGAAGUUUGAUCCGGUCUGCAUCGUUUAGAUGAAAUUUGUUGAUAAAAAUGUGGCAUUAUGAAAGAAAAUUAGUGAUCCGUUCACUAUUUUCAGUGGAAAUAUAAAAAAAUAAAAAUGAAAGCAGUGUUGUAUAAUUGUCUGCAUCUACUUAUAAUUUUACUAAAAACUCCCAUUAUUAAAAAACACAUGGAGCAACA